CUCAAGGUCCUGCUGUGGGCAUGGUGGGUUUGGCUUCAGCUACUGCCCAUAUGUUCUAUAUUUGUUUAGGAAAUAGGGUAUCCUGUACCUGGGGUUUUUCAAACAAGUUGAAGCAUAUAUUUUUUGUUGUUGUUGCAUACAUAAGACUCUGAAAGAUCUUCUGAUUGAGCUGAGGCAGGACUGGUCUUACAUGAGACCAGAACAGAUCUCAUCCCUGCACCAUGACCAGAAUGACCACAUGUAGCUUUCCCUCUCCUGAAACAUCACCUCUGCUGUGUGGAUUUCCACAAUUCCACACAUUUAUGACUUUGGUACUUAUCAUAGUUUUACCUUUUUACGGUGUAUAGGUUUGAAGAAUACGCAGGUAAAAUGAAAAUAGACACCCCCACAUCAACAAAUACCAUGACAAGGAUUUGUUGGCAAUGGGGGGAGGGUUGCAGAACAACAAAGGAUGGGGAUGUUGCCAAAGGGAGGGGAGAAGCCACCAGAGAUUCUCUCUACCCAAGAGAGACAAGACCCAGCCUCAGGCUGGUCUGGCUCCCAGGAAUAAGUAACUAGACAGUCAAAACUCUACCUGAAAACAGCAACAACAAACAAACAGCAAGAGUUUACAGGUAACAUUUUGCAAACUCUGAAAGAACAGAGAAUGAUCUUAUACACAUUGUUUCAUAGAGAGAAAGCUCCUGACUCAUUUUUGUAAAGCUACGAUAGACCUGGUAGGUUAGUCUGGGGGCUUUUCAGGUGGAGGGAACAUACUGCUGGGUUUGGGCAUGGGCACUCCAGAGUUCAGCCCGUCUGCAGAGUGAAUGACCUCCCCCGCUCUCUCUCAACGCAGACUUACUUUCUCUGGGUCUCCGCUAAAGACUGUGUUCAUGUCCACCUGGAUCUGACCCGGUGAGUACAGCCUCCACAGCUCAACACCCACGCCCACCUGGGGACUGAGGCCUCGUUCUGCGCCCUGGGUGGGGUUUCAGCCAAGGCCCCUUUGCUCUGUCAGCCUGAGUCCACCACUCUGUGCUGUGUUGUGCGCAUGCGUGUGCCUACACACCCAUACCCGUGUGUUUCGGUGGCAUGGGUUAUAUAGUGCGUUGUAUGUGCUUUCCCUUAGGAGAGGGGGCAGCGGUGGCCUGAGCCUCUGGACGCUCCCUGGUCCUCUCUUGGGUAGCAUCCUGGCCAGACUAAGUGUUCCUUCCAAACUCAGCCUCUCUGUUCACACGGGGGCCUGACUGUUUUCUUACUUCCCAACAUCAUCUCGCGGUAUAGCUCCCCAGCUUUCCAUCUCCCCAGGGACCCACGAUGGGCCAGCCUCUCACUGGCCUCUUUGCUCCCCCUCCCCAAACAGGUGCGGUCUCAUGUUCACCCUUACCACCAACCUGGCCAUCUGGAUGGCAGCUGUAGUGGACGAGUCCGUGCACCAGACCCACUCCUAUGAUAGUUCCCACAGCAACACCAGCCAUCUCCGCCUUGCCCCUGACUCGGAGCGUGCCGGCAGCUCGGUGGGCGGAGACUGUUCCUGCAACACGGCCAUCUGCCAGAUCUUCCAACAGGGCUACUUCUACCUGUAUCCCUUCAACAUUGAGUACAGCCUGUUUGCUUCCACUAUGCUGUAUGUCAUGUGGAAGAAUGUGGGCAGGCUGCUGGCCUCCUCCACCCACGGCCACGGCCACGGCCACACCCCAUCCCGGGUCAGCCUCUUCCGGGAGACCCUUUUCGCUGGCCCGAUCCUGGGCCUGAUGCUCUUGGUGGUGGGGCUGGCCGUCUUCAUCAUCUACGAGGUCCAAGUGCGUGGGGAGGGGGGCCGCACGCAGCAGGCCCUGGUUAUUUACUACGGCUUCAACAUCACCUGUCUGGGGCUCAUGACCUUGGUCAGCCUGAGCGGCUCAGUCAUCUACCGUUUUGACCGCCGGGCCAUGGAUCACCAUAAGAACCCCACUCGAACCCUGGACGUGGCGCUGCUGAUGGGUGCCGCCCUGGGCCAGUACGCUAUCUCCUACUACUCUAUCGUAGCCGUGGUGGUGGGCACGCCCAGGGACCUACUGGGAGCGCUCAACCUAGCCCAUGCUCUGCUCAUGAUUGCCCAGCACACCUUCCAGAAUGUGUUCAUCAUCGAGAGCCUCCACCGGGGACCACCCGGGGCUGAGCCUCAUGGUACCACCCCCAAGGAGUCCUGCCAUGGACUUACCUUCGCCAACCAGGAUGCGCUCCACACCUUGCCUGCCUGCCCACCCACUCCCAGGCUGGUUGGCAGCAACCCAGUGGGCCCUCAGGAAGCAGUGGCCAUCAUCUCGGCCCCCAGGGGCCACUGGAGACGCCGGUGCCUGAAGGACAUUUCUCUGUUUCUCCUGCUCUGCAAUGUCAUU